AUGGAGAAGUAUGCUAGACUACAGAAGAUUGGAGAAGGUUCAUUUGGAAAAGCCAUUCUUGUUAAAUCUACAGAAGAUGACAGACAAUAUGUUAUCAAGGAAAUUAACAUCUCAAGAAUGUCCAAUAAAGAAAGGGAAGAAUCAAGGAGAGAAGUUGCAGUGUUGGCAAACAUGAAGCAUCCAAAUAUUGUCCAGUAUAGAGAAUCAUUUGAAGAAAAUGGCUCUCUCUACAUAGUGAUGGAUUACUGUGAAGGAGGGGAUCUUUUUAAACGAAUAAAUGCUCAGAAAGGCGUUUUGUUUCAAGAGGAUCAGAUUUUGGACUGGUUUGUACAGAUAUGUUUGGCACUAAAACAUGUACAUGAUAGAAAAAUUCUUCAUCGAGACAUAAAAUCACAGAACAUAUUUUUAACCAAAGAUGGAACGAUACAACUUGGAGAUUUUGGAAUUGCUAGAGUUCUAAAUAGUACUGUGGAACUGGCUCGAACUUGCAUAGGUACCCCAUACUACUUGUCACCUGAAAUCUGUGAAAACAAACCUUAUAAUAAUAAAAGUGACAUUUGGGCUCUGGGAUGUGUCCUUUAUGAGAUGUGCACUCUUAAACAUGCAUUUGAAGCUGGCAACAUGAAAAACCUGGUACUGAAGAUAAUAUCUGGAUCUUUUCCACCUGUGUCUCUGCAUUAUUCUUAUGAUCUCCGCUGUUUGCUCUCUCAGUUAUUUAAAAGAAAUCCUAGGGAUAGACCGUCAGUGAACUCCAUAUUGGAGAAAGGUUUUAUAGCCAAACGCAUUGAAAAGUUUCUCUCACCUCAGCUUAUUGCAGAAGAAUUUUGUCUAAAAACAUUUUCCAAAGUUGGAGCACAGCCUAUACCAGCUAAAAGACCUGCCUCAGGACAAAGCUUGGCUUCUGUUGUGUCUGCUCAGCAAAUUACAAAGCCUGCUGCUAAAUAUGGAGUGCCUUUAACAUAUAAGAAAUAUGGAGAGAAAAAAUUACAUGAAAAGAAGCCACUCCAAAAAAAUAAACAGGCCCAUCAAACUCCAUUGAAGAAAGUGAAUCCUGGAGAAGAAAGGAGGAAAAUGUUUGAGGAAGCAUCAAGAAAGAGAAGGUUGGAAUUUAUUGAUAAAGCAAAGAAACAAAAAGAUCAGAUUAGUUUAAUGAAGGCUGAACAACUGAAAAGGCAAGAAAAGGAAAGGUUGGAGAGAAUAAAUAGGGCCAGGGAACAAGGAUGGAAAAACGUGCUAAGUGCUGGAGGAGGUGGUGAAGUAAAGGCUACCUUUUUUGGCAGUGGAGGGGCUGUGGCUCCAUCAUCUUUUUCUCCUCGGGGACAAUAUGAACAUUAUCAUGCUAUUUUUGAUCGAAUGCAGCAACGUAGAGCAGAAGAUAAUGAAGCUAAAUGGAGAGGAGAAAUAUAUGGCCGAAGGCUUCCAGAAAGGCAAAGGGGGCAGCUAGCUGUGGAAAGAGCUAAACAAGUAGAAGAGUACCUACAACGAAAAUGGGAAGCAAGGCAGAAUAAAGCUCGAGCUGAAGGACAUAUGGUUUAUCUUGCGAGGCUGAGACAAAUAAGAUUGCAGAAUUUCAAUGAGCGCCAACAGAUUAAAGCCAAACUCCGUGGUGAAAAGAAUGCAGCUGAUAAUUCUGAAGGACAAGGAAGUGAGGAGGCUGACAUGAGACGUAAAAGAGUUGAAGCUCUUAAGGCCCAAGCUAAUGCACGUGCUGCUGUACUAAAAGAACAAUUGGAACGGAAGAGAAAGGAAGCAUACGAGAGAGAAAAGAAAGCAUGGGAAGAUAAUUUGGUGUCUAAAGGAGUAAAGUGUUCUGAUAUGUCUCCUCCUUUGGGACAGCAUGAAACAAGUGGCUCGCCAUCAAAGCAUCAGAUAAGACCUGUUAUUUCUGUGACUUCAGCCUUGAAGGAAGUGGGUAUGGUAAUGGACAGAAGUUUAACUGAUACCCUGGAAACCUCAGAAGAAAUGCAAAAAACUAACAAUUCCAUUUCAAAUAAACGAGAAAUACUACGGAGAUUAAAUCAAAAUCUUAAAGCUCAAGAAGAUGAAAAAGGGAAGCAGUGUCACCCUGAUAUGGAUGAGGUAAUUGUGCAUGAAAAUGCCGAAGAGCAUGAAAAAGAAAAGUUGAUUUCACCUGAUCGCAAGAAGUGGGAGGCAGGAGGUCAACUUGUGAUUCCUCUGGAUGAGUUUGCAUUGGAUGCAUCCUUCUCUGCAACUGACAGAAAUACAGUGGGAGAGGUUAUUAAGUUAGAUCCUGGAGGAUCUCCAAGAAGAGUUUGGGGGAAAAGCCCAACAGAUUCUGUCCUAAAGAUACUUGGAGAAGCUGAACUACAGCUGCAGACAGAACUAUUGGAAAACACAACAAUUACAAGUGAGAUUUCUCCUGAAGGGGAGAAGUACAAACCCUUAAUUGCUGGAGAAGAACAAGCAAAUUGUAUUUCAUUUGAAAUGAACCCAUCAACUGUUGAUUCUUCUGUUGAGACAAACAGUCCAAAGUUUAGGGAGGUUUCUCCACUGAUGUCAUUGAAACCAGAAGGAAAUGUGGAUGAACCUGAUGAUUUGGAAACAGAAAUUCUAGAAGAGCCAUGUGGAACAAAGAAAGAUGAUGGCUUACCUUUCCCUGUCACUGACGUAUGGAUUAGUGAGAAUAAGGAAACAAAGGAAACUGAAUUAGAAGAUAGGAUCACUAUUCAGCAAAAUGAAGUUUCUGAAGAAGGAAUCUUAAGGAAGGUGGAUCAACUUAAUGAAGUUCAUAUAGAACCUGGAAUAGGUGAUUCUCCGCACUCUAAAUGUGAUGUAGAUAAAUCUAUGCAACCAGAACCAUUUUUCCAUAAAGUGAUUCACCCAGAACAUUUGAAUGUAGUCUCUCAAAUUCAGUCCAUACUGUAUUCACCAGAAGAAUCCUUUCCACUUCGAUCUCGCUCUGGUUCACCACCAAAAAAGAAAAACAAGAAUUCCUUGCUCAUUGGACUUUCAACUGGUUUAUUCGAUGCAAACAACCCAAAGAUGUUGAGGACGUGUUCACUUCCAGAUCUCUCAAAGCUUUUCAGAACACUGAUGGAUGUCCCCACGGUAGGAGAUGUCCGGCAAGACAACCUUGAAAUGGAUGACAUUGAAGACGAGCACAUUAAAGAAGGACCUUCUGAUUCUGAAGACAUUGUGUUUGAAGAAACUGACACAGAUUUACAAGAGCUUCAGGCCUCUAUGGAGCAGUUACUCAGAGAAGAACCUGGGGAGGAAUAUAGCGAGGAGGAAGAAUCAGUCCUGAAGAACAGUGACCUAGAGCAGACUGUGAAUGGGACAGAUCCAGCCGAUGAGGAGGACAAUCCCAGCAGCGAAAGCGCUCUCAAUGAAGAGUGGCACUCGGAUAACAGUGAUGGUGAGAUAACUAGUGAGUGUGAAUAUGACAGUGUCUUUAACCAUUUAGAGGAACUGAGACUUCAUCUGGAGCAGGAAAUAGGCUUUGAAAAGUUCUUUGAAGUUUAUGAGAAAAUAAAGGCUGUUCAUGAAGAUGAAGAUGAAAAUAUAGAGAUUUGUUCAACAAUAGCUCAGAAUAUUUUGGGAAAUGAACAUCAGCAUCUUUAUGCCAAGAUUCUUCAUUUAGUCAUGGCAGAUGGGGCCUAUCAAGAAGACAAUGAUGAAUAA